UACACUGGCAGUUCACCUUAGUGGCUCGGGCUGUCUACACUGGUGUCUUGUUCAUUUUCUUGUUGUACUUCAGCAGCAGGGUUGUGAGGGGAAACGUUUGGAGAUGAAUCUUUACAGGAGCUUUGGAAACCUCAUGGAGGCUUGGAUAAGUGAAGGAGGCCAGUGUUCGGACUCAGACUGUCCCAAAAAAUAUGAUGAAGACUCACCUACACCUUCCUCUGAUAUGGGAACAAACCUGCGCUCAGAAUCUGUGGACUCUGGAGUGGAGACAGCCAGCUCUGACACGACACUAUAUCCUGCUCAUCCUGCUAUAUCCUGCUGCGCCUUAACAGAAAACGCAGAAACAGACACAUUUACACCAGAAAGAGAAGUUGAAAGACUCACUGCAGCCUCAACAUCACAGUCUCCUGUCCUCUUAUCUUCUUUGCCUUCCUCAUCUUCCAUUUCCUCCUCAUGCCUCUGUCACAGCAGAGCUCAGGAGAGAUCCACCACGUUACACCAAAAAGUGGAGCAGGCACUACAGAGGACUGACUCUAAACAUCUAAAGGACAACCCAAAGCCCCUUACAGUGGACGAGGUGCUCAGGCGACGACCUCGAGCAUUUUCUCUACCUAAUCGACACACAUCUGACAUUAUGCGAAGUCAACUGUCAGACACUUAUGCCCUAAGGACGACAGCCAACCCAUCAGUGUCUAUGAUCCAAAUGUGCGGACAACUGAUGGCUAUGAGUUGUAACAAGAAGCCAACUCAGACAAGAUUAGAGAACCCUGGUAAGGAGGAGGGGAAAGGGCUGAGUCCCGGGCUCAGCUACUUGGAGCAGGUGUGCCAAAUGUUAGAGGAAAUUGCCAGACAACAGAUGCACAGUCGAGCGUUACAGAUGGAGACAAAAACCCUGCGGGAGCUUCAAGAUGCGAAGGCUCUCUACACCUGUCAGAAUGACUCUAAAGCUGCUGAGGAGGAUCUCUCUUCUUGUCAAAGGCUUAAAAAUACAGAAAGUGCAGAUCACAGUUCCAGCAAAACACAGCAGCAGAAAGAUUAUCCUGACAGAUAUUUUCGGCCGAGAUCAGCUUCAGACUCAACCAUUGCAGCGCUGCAUUUAAGAACAUUGAAUGCAGACUGCAGAGGGCAGCAUUUGAGUACAGAUGACCUGCCGGAGAAGCAGAAGACGAAUAAAAUUAAGAAGAACUGGAAGUUAAAAAUUGGGUCUUUGAGAAGAGAGGACCCUGCUGUGAGAGAUGGCCAAAAGAUGCAGCCAUCUGAGAAAAAAUCUGCCAGGAGACGGUUGAGCCAGCUGUUCAGGAAGAACAGCAGGAAAACACUGCCCAUGUGAAAGGACCAAAGUGUGUUUGUCAUGAUGUUUGGUCAUUUUUGUUUCACUUGUUAAGAGAAGAAAGCUUUCCUUUCUGAGUCUGAGCCCUGUCGCUGCUUUCAAACUGACUUCCUAUUGAUGUAUGUUGAUGUAGCCCAUGUGAUGUACACUCACCUAAAGGAUUAUUAGGAACACCUGUUCAAUUUCUCAUUAAUGCAAUUAUCUAAUCAACCAAUCACAUGGCAGUUGCUUCAAUGCAUUUAGGGGCGUGGUCCUGGUCAAGAAAAU